AUGGCCCCUCGUGCGCAUUCCAAGACCUCGCGUGUCCCUCGUCGACCCUUCGAGUCUGCUCGUCUGGACUCGGAGCUGAAGCUCGUCGGUGAAUAUGGCCUGCGCAACAAGCGUGAGGUCUGGCGAGUCGGUUUGACUCUGUCCAAGAUCCGUCGUGCUGCCCGUCAGCUUCUUACCCUCGACGAGAAGGACCCCAAGCGACUUUUCGAAGGCAAUGCCCUGAUUCGCCGUCUCGUCCGUGUCGGUGUCCUCGACGAGUCUCGCAUGAAGCUCGAUUACGUGCUCGCCCUGAAGAUUGAGGAUUUCUUGGAGCGCCGCCUGCAGACCUGCGUCUACAAGCUCGGCCUUGCCAAGUCCAUCCACCACGCCCGUGUUCUGAUCCGCCAGCGCCACAUCCGCGUCGGCAAGCAGAUCGUCAAUGUUCCCUCUUUCAUUGUCCGUCUCGACUCCCAGAAGCACAUUGACUUCGCCUUGACCUCACCAUUCGGCAGCGGCCGUGCUGGUCGUGUCCGCAGAAAGAAGGCCAAGGCCGCCGAGAAGGGCGAGGAUGGCGAGGAGGAGGAGGAUGACGAGUAA